AUGGAAUUGCGGCUCUACGGACGGCACGUGGCGAAAUGGCUGGUUUUGAAUGGUACGUGCGACCCGAAGCAAAAUUAUUUCUGCCCACGAAUAUAUAUUUCACCCGUCCGCUCGUUCUCCUCUUGCUGCUCCUCUUUCUGCUGCUCUUCUCCUGCUACUCCUCUUCCUUCUGCUCCUCCUCUCCAUUCUCCUCUGCUUGCUGCUCUUCCCCCUGCUACUCCUUCUCCUGCUGCCUCUCUUCUUGCUGCUCCUCCUCCUGCUGUUCCUUUCCCUUCUGCUCCUCCUCUUGCUACUCCUUCCUCUUCUGUUCUUCCUGUUUAUUCCCCUCUUUGUGCUACUGCUCCUCCUGCUGCACGUCCUCAUUCUGCUCCUCCUCAUGCUCUUCCUCCUCAGCAGGAACAGGAGCAGCAAGAGAAGGAGGUCCAUUUUGCAACCUGCCGCCCGCGGCUUUCCAUUCCAUAA